AUGGAGAAGACCCCGCUGCGCCUUCCAAAGCUCAAGACCCGGGAUGAGCUGCUGCGCACGGCCCCCGAGCUGGGGCGCCUGCUGGCAACGGGCGAGGGUGAGGCCGGUGGAGCGGGCGCGGCGGCAGCGCCUGCUGGCCGCGUGCCAUCGCCUCUCAAGGCACGUCCCCGCAGCUCCCCCAGCCGGCGCGCUGCCAGCCCGGGACGCCUGGUCCGUAAGUUUACGGACGAUGAGCUCACAGAGGAGGAGCGUGUGCGCGCGGAGCUGGAGAAGGUCAAGGCGGAGCGCGCCACGCUGCUGACCUCGCUGGCACGCCUGCGGGCCGACACCGGCAAGUCGGGGGGCGAGCUGCAGCAGGAGGACAUCCGCCUGCUGCGCCGCGAGCUGGAGGCCAAGCAGGACAAACUGAACGAGCUGCGGCGGGUGACGCGCGAGCUGACAGACACGAUGGAGCAGCUGGAGACGACGAGCCGCGACUGCGACCAGCUGAUGCCCCAGGGCAUGGCGGAGCUGGUGGGGCAUGUGGAGGGGCUGGGCGGUGAGCUGGCGGGCGUGGAGCGCGACAUCCUUGAGGCUGAGGCCAAGCAUGAGCUGUACAAGCUGCUGGAGGUCCGCACCAGGCGCGACCAUGCCGCCGCCCAGCAGCGUAUGCGUGAUGCGAGGGCACUCAAGGAGGGCGCUGCCGACGACUACACCGCGCUCGCCAGGCAGAUGCACGAGAUGCGGGCGGCUAAGGAGAAUGCGGAGUGCGACCUGGGCGCCGCGGUACUGAUGUACGACCAGAUGCGCAGCGACUGGAGCAAGAAGCUCAAGGACCGGCGCAAGGAGGCUGAGCUGCUGCGGGCGCAGGUGCGUGAGCUGGAGCGGCGCAGGGCCGAGGAUGACAAGCGCAAGGCGGCGCUGGAGGCGCUGGCGGCCGAGAAGACGCGGCUGGAGCAGGAGAAGGUGGACAAGACCAGGACGGACCGCGAGGCCGCCACGCGACGGCUGUCUGCGGUGGUGCCGGAGCUGGAGCUGCUGGAAGCCAGCUGGGCGAGGCUGCACGGCGUGUGCGGCGCCGCCACUGCCGAAGACCUCAUCGCCUACUGGCAGGAGCUCAAGGCCAAGGAGGCCAGCAUGCGAGAGCUGGUGCGGCUGGCCGAGGUGCGCGAGGCGCGCGCCAAGCGGGAGAUGGCGGCGCUGCUGGCCGAGAAGGCAGAGGUGUUUGACACCGACACGGCGCGGGGCGAGCGGCGGCAGGCGGCGGCGGCGGCGGAAGAGGCUGGGGCUGGGGAGGGCGAGGCGGCGCCGGAGCGGCUGGCGUGGGAGCAGGUGGCAGCGGAGCCGGCGGUAGCUGCCAGCGCCGCUGCGACGGAAGCGGCGGCAGCAGAGGAGGGUGUCCAGCCUGGCACGGGAGGAGCUGGCGCUGUGGAGGCGCCGCCAGAGUCGGGUGCCGACAGCCCUGCAGCGGCGCCAGCCGGCAGCGCGCCGCCCAGCGAGCAGGCAGGAGACGAGGAGGCUGCCCCAGCCUCUGGCACACAAGCAGGCCCCGCCCAGGAAGAGGACACAGCUGAGCCAGCAGCAGGCGUGGCCGCGCUGGAAGCGCCAGCCGAGGUGGCCGCGCAACCUGCGGCAGAGGCGCCAGCAGAGGUCUCCACGCCAGCAGAGGCGGAGAUGGCAGCUGCUGCCGCCACCUCGUCUGCCGCGGCUGCCGUGGACAUGGAGGAGCUAUUGCGGGAGAAGCAGGUGCUGAUUGUGGAGGCCCGCCGGCGCAAGAAGGUGGCCAAGCAGAACUUCUCCAAGCUCAGCCAAGUGUGCGUGGCGGCGGACCAGGGCCUGCACCUGCUGGCGCUGCGCCUGAAGGGUGCCAUGGACUCUGGGGAGGCUGCCACCCGCCGCCUGUCCCUCCGCGAUGGCCGCCGCCUGACAUCCAUGACAGACAGCCGCCGCUGCUCGGUGGGCGGCCGCCGCGUGACGGGCGCGAACCGGCGCACCACGGGCCAGCACGCGAUGCGGGUCAGCGCCGCGGGCCUCAUCGAGCGGCGGGCCAGCAUCCAGCUGCUGCCGGCGCCCGCGGCCGCUGAGGGGGUCACCCCGCGGGCGCCCCAGGGGGCCAGCAUCCACGACAAGGACUUCUUUCCAGAGCUGCCCUCUGCGCUGGCCGAAGUGGGCGGCCAGCUGGACCGCCUCAUGCGCCUGGUCCAAGAGAUGGAGGCCGCGGCAGCUGCCGCGCAGCAGGCCGCCGCCACGGCGGCCGCGGCAGAGGCGGAGCGCAUGCUGACGGGGCGCAGCAUGGCCGACAGCGAGAUGAGCGGGGUUGGGGAGGAUGGCGCCGCGGCGGAGCCCACACCCACGCUCACUCCCCCAGCCACCGCGGGACCGGGCAGCGGCUCGCGCCUGCCCAGCAAGAAGCAGCUGCAGUGGGCGGAUGGGCAGGCAACGCCUCGCGUGCCCGGGGAAGGGACAGGCAAGGAGGGCGGCGGGGAAGAGGAUGGGGAUGGCGGCAGCGACACUGACCCAGAGGCGGCGGUGGCGGCGGCGCAGGGCGAGAAGGAGCUGCGCAAGGGGUUCAGGCGGCGCACCUGGGCGGGGCCCGCCUGGCUCAAUGCGGUGUCGGCCGGCAAGCCGCUGACCGCCUCGCUGCGCAAGAUGACUGCCAGCCGCGGGGGCAAGGCGGCGGGCACCCCUGGGGCCGGGCGUGGCCGGGGCGCCGCCUCGCUGGCGCUGAAGCGCAUCGUGGGGUAUGUGGAGGAGCCUGGCAGCGGCGACGACGCCGGCAACCCCUUUGUGCUCAGCAGCAGCGAGGAUGAGGUGGAGGAGGAGGGCGUGGUGGACAGGCAGUACUUGAAGCACCGCGCUCACAAGCUGACCAACCCCAAGGUCCGCGGCAAGGCGGGGGUGGGGGCAGCCGCCAACAGCCCUGCAGCGCCCAUGGAUGCCAGGUAG